UACAAACUCAGUUCAAUAUAUCUUCGUUUGAUUCUUUACAUGGUAUCAGAGCCAAAUCGAUCCAUGGUGUGGGGCCCCUUAUGAAAAAUGACGACACGAUAAAAAAAAUGACGAACCGAUAAAAAUGAAUGACGACACGAUCCAGACGAAGUGUCUGGUCGUGAGGAGGGGUGUUAAAUGUCCCACAUCGGAAAAUUGAGAAGCACAAGAGUGGUAUAUUAAGCUUCGGGCUACUCCUCCUAACAGGUUGACCUUUUAGGAUGGAACCCCGAGUCUUAACAUGGUAUCAGAGCAGUGACAUAGAUCCUGCGAUUUCUCGAUCAACAAUGGCUACCGACUCCAACGGCAACGACGGCGGACGAAGGAAAAUCAAUGAUAUUUCUUCUCCGUAUUACCUAUCAAGCGCUGAUUUCCCAGGGAUGAAUAUCUGUGGGAUGAUGCUGAAGGGCGAAUCGAAUUACCGCGAGUGGUCUACGGCUAUGAAGAACGCUCUGCGGGCGAAACGGAAGGUGGGAUUCAUUGACGGUAGUAUCCCACAACCAACGACGAACACUGCGGACUCGGAAGAUUGGGUGAUUGUGAAUGCUAUGAUCGUUGGAUGGCUCAUGACGGCCACUGAUCCGGUGCUUAGGUCGAAUUUGACCUACAUGGAUAGUGCCUUGAAGAAUUUUUGGGAAGUUCUGAAAACCCGAUUUUCUGUGGCCGAUCCAAUGCGAAUAUAUGAAUUAAAGGAGGCAAUUCGGCAGUGCCGGCAGAAGGGUCAAACUGUUACGGCGUAUUUCGGAGAACUCAAAACACUUUGGGACGAUUAUGACGGGCUCCGGGCUAUACCGCAGUGUAAGUGUAAUAGGUGUACCUGCGAUCUCAAUAAGCAAUUCCUUAGGCUUAUUGAAAUUGAGAAAACCCAUGAGUUUCUUCUCGGCCUUGAUCAUGACGGUUUCGGCGUACUGCGUUCCAAUAUCUUAAGCAAGGAUGACCUGCCGUCAAUGACCAAAGUUUACCAGGCUGUGACUCAGGAAGAGAGGACCCGUAACGUGAUUAAAGGCAGAGAAGAACGAACUGAAGUUAUGGCUUUAGCUGCACGAACCGGAGACGGACGAGAUGAGAAGAUUAAGUGUACAUACUGCCACAAAACUGGACACGACGUGGACAAUUGCUUCAAGAAAACUGGACGCUACCCGGAGUGGUGGUAUGACAACCCCGGACGAGGAAGAGGAAGUGGCCGGGGAAAAGAAAGAAGUGGGCCUGGCCGCGGACGAGGGAAGGCAGUCGCACACGCCGCCAUGAUUGGAGAAGCAUAUGAAGAGAAACACAGAGAAGGCGCUGAACAGAAUACGGUGUCGGGGCUUUCCGAUGAACAAUGGAAGGUAUUGCUGCAACUAGUUGAAAAAAGUAAGGCCACAUCCUCGGGAGAUAAAUUAUCAGGGCCUACCUUCGAGGACGCCGAUUGGAGUGGCUAAACGGAAAGGAGGAGUUUAUUAUUUUCACUGUCUGGACAGAAUUCAAGCUCAUUCAAUCAAGGGUGUACAUUCAGGUGAAUUGUGGCAUUCAAGAUUAGGGCAUCCGUCCAAGACAGUUCUGCGUUUAGUUAGUAUAUUGAAUAAUUCCUUGUUUCCAGUUAUUUGAAUAAUGUUUGUGAUGCGUGUUUACGUGGUAAACAAACUCGUGAUUCUUUCAAUUAUAAUUUAGCUAAAGCUGUUGAACCAUUUGAGUUGAUUCAUUGUGAUAUCUGGCGCCCGUAUAGAACACCUGCCACGUGUGGUGCACGUUAUUUUUUAACAAUAGUGGAUGAUUACUCGCGGGCAGUGUGGGUACAUUUGAUUUGUGAUAAGGGUGAGGUACGA